GAGCCCGGGAGAACGCGGCCGGUUACCGGUCGGCGCGGUCCGGGCACCCCUCGCUCCUUCCGUGGCCCUGACGAUGAAACUGAGCGGCUUUUGGGUCUUCAGUCUGUGCCUGGCCGCUGGUACGUCUUUCCAGGUCCCCACCAUCACAGACCCAUGCUUUAUUCAGCAGUGUGUCGACUCCCACAACGGAUUUCGAAGACAAGUCAACCCUUCCGCAGCCGACAUGAAAUACAUGACUUGGGAUGACAGCUUAGCACAGGUGGCGAAAGCAUGGUCCAAACACUGCAAGCCUGAACAUAACAGCUGUUUGAGAAUACCACAUAAAUGCCACAACAACUUUGAAUAUAUCGGAGAAAAUAUUUGGUAUGGUGGACUCCCGUACUUUACUCCAAAAUAUGCUGUUGCCGACUGGUAUAAUGAAUCUCAAUAUUUCGAUUUUAAUGAUCUCACGUGUUCUGGUGUUUGCGGCCAUUAUACACAGGUAGUUUGGGCCAAUACACAUAAAGUCGGUUGUGCAGUUGCAACGUGCCCUAACUUAGGUGGACCCACAUAUGCCUUGUUUGUAUGUAACUAUGGACCUGCAGGAAAUAUUAAAAAUGAGCUGCCUUACGCAGAGGGGUCAUCCUGCUCUAUGUGCUUAAAAGAAGAGAGAUGCGUAAACAAGCUCUGCCAACAUAAAGACUUCAAGCCCAUGGGAAGAGCGCCUCAGCGGAUAGUAUCUAACCUACUCAGCAUAGGUUUUCUUCUUCUGAGAAUAGUUUUCUAAUUGUCAUUUACAUAUGCAAAA